UAUGCACUAUCCAUUUACAGAGUUUGCUGAUUUUUGCCCUAGAUCAUCUGUAAUUCAUGUUGAGGAAUAGUAGCUGUAAUAACACCAUAGGCCCGGGUGUGUGCAGCUAUUUGGAGUUUAAGCUUUGAAGGCAAGCAAGCCUGGACCAUUCUGAUUGGUGUAUUGUGGUCUUUUUUGGACCCAGAAGAUGGAGAGGAAGUGUGGAAGAGUGGAAGUAGUCACGGCCAAACUGCAGAGAGUUAAGUUCACCAGAAAUGCUGGAUGCAGUGGUCUUUGAGGAUGUGGCUGUAGACUUCACCACAGAGGAGUGGGCUUUGCUGAAUCAUGCUCAGAGGAAUCUCUACAGAGAUGUGAUGCUGGAAACCUUCAGGAACCUGGCCUCAAUAGGAGAAAACUGGAAAUGUUAUGGCACUGAGGAUCAGGACUUGAGCCAGCGUACACAUUUAAGAAGCCAUAUGUUGGAGAUACCCUCAGAAAAUAGUGAAAUAAAUGAAUGUGGAGAAACCUUCAACCAGAUUCCAAAAUUUAAUGUGCAUAAGAGACUUUCUACUGGAGUAAAAUCUUAUGAAAACAAUAAGUUUGAAAAAGCCAACACAGAUACUUCAUCUCUAAAGAGUGAUGUAACAUCUCAACACAGACAAAGACCCUACCAGUGUAAGGAAUGUGGGAGAACUUUUCUUUGUUACUCAUCCUUUAGGGCACACGUAAGAGCUCACACUGAAGAGAAACCCUAUGCAUGUAAAGAAUGUGGAAAAGCCUUUAUAUACUUCUCCAAACUUAGAGUACAUAUCAGAACUCACACCGGAGAGAAACCUUAUGAAUGUGAAAAAUGUGGGAAAACCUUCAGAUCUCCCUCAAACCUUUGGACACACAGAGAAACUCAUAUUGCUGAGAAACCUUAUGCCUGUAAAGAAUGUGAGAAAUCCUUCUCUUCUCCCUCUUCCCUUAGAAAACACAUGAAAGUUCACAGUGCAGAGAAAGCCUAUGAAUGUAAGGAAUGUGGGAAAGCCUUUCUUCAUUCUUUUUACCUGAUCAUACAUGCAAGAAUGCACACUGGUGAGAAAGCGUACAAAUGUGGGGAAUGUGGGAAAGCCUACAGUUGGCCAUCAGACCUUAGGAUUCACAUGAGAACACACUCUGGAGAAAAGCCUUAUGAAUGUAAACAAUGUGGAAAGUCUUUCAGUUCUCCAUCAUCCUUUAAGGGACAUGUGAGAACUCACACUGGAGAGAAACCAUAUGCAUGUAAUGAAUGUGGGAAAGCCUUCAGUAGUCCUUCAUACUUUAGAACACACAUGAGAAUUCACACUGGAGAGAAACCCUAUACAUGUAAACAAUGUGGGAAGGCCUUCAGUUGGUCAUCAUCUUUUCGAGGACAUUUGAGAACCCACACUAGAGAGAAACCCUAUGAAUGUAAGGAAUGUAUGAAAACCUUCAGUAGACUCUCAUCCUUGCAAAGACAUGUGAGAAUUCACAAUGGAGAGAAACUCUCUAAAUGGAAGCAAUGUGGAAAAGCCUUCUGUAGUCCUCAUCCAUAA